AUGACAUGCCUCCUAACCUCUACCAAUGAAUCGAUGUGUCUGGCAUUGGCAGUUGAAGCCGCACAACAACAAAGCCAGACCAUCCUGAAUGAAACUACUAACUAUGCAGCUGCACCGACCAUACAGGCACACCCACAAGAACAAUUAAUGCACCAGCUAUAUGCACAACAACAACAGCAUACCAUGCCUGAGUAUCUACGUCCCCUGAAGCAUGUCAAGGAUCUCGCCGUUGUGGUAGCAACUGGCGCCAAUAAGGAUCUCGAUGUAACAACAAUCAAAAUGUGA